GAGGUUAGGUACCGUUGAAAUUUUCCCAUUCCGAAAUGUGACAGGAUGCUGAACCAUCACUGCAGAAGGAACCCUGAGCUUCAUGAGGAGCUGCAGAUCCAGGCUGCAGUGGCAGCGGGCGAUGUCUGCACCGUCAGGAGGAUGCUCGAACAAGGAUACUCGCCUAAGAUCCGCGACGCCAACGGCUGGACGCUGCUCCACUUCUCUGCUGCCAAAGGAAAAGAGAGAUGUGUUCGAGUCUUUCUGGAGCACGGAGCCGACCCCACAGUGAAGGACUUUAUCGGCGGCUUCACAGCACUUCACUACGCUGCUAUGCACGGCAGAGCUCGCAUCGCCCGACUGAUGCUGGAAUCUGAGUUUCGCAGUGACAUUAUAAAUGCAAAAAGCAACGACGGCUGGACGCCGCUGCACGUGGCGGCCCACUACGGUCGAGACUCGUUUGUACGCCUCCUCCUCGAGUUCAGGGCCGAGGUGGACCCGCUGAGUGACAAAGGGACCACGCCACUGCAGCUGGCCAUCAUCCGCGAGCGCUCCAGCUGCGUACGGAUCCUCCUGGACCACAGUGCCAACAUUGACAUUCAAAACGGCUUCCUGUUGCGAUACGCCGUCAUCAAAGGCAAUCACUCGUACUGCCGCAUGUUCCUGCAGAGGGGGGCAGACACUAAUCUAGGACGUCUUGAGGACGGGCAGACCCCUCUGCACCUGUCAGCCCUCAGGGACGACGUGUUGUGCGCCCAGAUGCUUUACACGUACGGGGCUGAUACCAACACCAGGAACUACGAAGGCCAGACGCCGGUAGCCGUGUCCGUUAGCAUGUCUGGGAUCAGCCGGCCCUGUCUGGACUUUCUGCAGGAGGUCACCA